AUGUUCGGCUCGGGGAAAUCAUCCUCUUCGGACAAUGGUAGUAAAGAUGAGAUAGUCCUCCUACCUGUUCAGUCCAAAGCUAUCCUUCGUGUCACCGAAAUCGAGACAAAGGUUCACGACCCAGAAGGCAACCAAGUCCCCGUCAUCCAAGAUGCAUCCACCGCUUUCGACCUUCCAGAGAACCACCCCAACAAUAACGCUGUCGAGAUACUAUGGCUUCCUCGUGGAUCACACAGUUCCGACGACACAGGCGAGAAAGUGCGUCGUGCGCUCAAUAACGAAAAGGACAUGACCAUCCUGAGUUGCUGUAGGCAAUUCCCCAAAGCUAUCUUCUGGUCUUUACUUCUCUUCCUCACUGUCGUCAUGGAGGGGUACGACAAGAGUCUUGUUGCCGGGUUCGUAGCUUUUCCUGCCUUUCGAGAACGCUAUGGCGAGUUGUUUGAUACGCCGAACGGGCCACUCUACGAGAUCUCUCCGCUUUGGCAAACAGCACUGCAAGUGUCUGCCAUUGCUUGUGAAGUCAUUGCUCUUUGUGGUAUCUCAUGGGGUGUCAUUCAGACCCUCGCAGCCACAUAUGCUGCUGAAGUCGUACCAUCAGCCAUCCGAGCCUGUCUUCUCAGCAAUGUCAACAUGUGCUGGGUCAUUGGUCAGCUUCUCGGCACUGGUGUCUUACGAUCCCUGGUCCACAACGAAUCUGAAUGGUCUUACCGUCUACCGUUCGCUCUACAAUGGGCCUUUGCCAUCCCUCUUCUCAUUGGCAUCAUGUUUGCGCCGGAAAGUCCUUGGUGGCUUAUCCGUCGUGAGCGCAAAGUCGAGGCCAGACACGCUCUUCAGCGCCUCACCAAGCAAUCUCAGCUUGAUAUCGAUGAUACCAUUGCUGUCAUGGAACAUACCAAUCGCAUUGAACGCAAGCUCAACUACGGCGGCUCAAGCUAUUUAGACCUGUUCAAAGGUGCAAACCUACGUCGUACCGAGAUCUCGUGCAUGGUCUGGUCCGUCCAAGCUCUUUGUGGCUGGAUCCUGACUGGCUAUGCACCUUAUUUCCUUGAACAAGCCGGCUUUGACUCUUCCAAGUCAUUCAGCUUGUCCACCGGCAUGUACGGAAUGGCCUUGGUUGGAGGUAUCAUCUCUUGGUUCUUGCUGUCUCAUAUCGGUCGUCGUAAGCUGUAUCUUGCUGGCCUCGGUGCCGCCGUCGUCAUGCUUACCGCUGGUGGUGUUGUGUCGAUUGUGCUCGAUGGUAAAAAGGGUCUCAAUUGGGCACUCGGAGCAAUCCUCAUCACAACAACCUUUCUUUACAACCUCAGCAUCGGUCCAACAUGCUACGUCAUCGUUGCCGAGAUUCCGUCAACCCGUCUGCGCGUCAAGACCAUUGCUCUCGCACGUGUCAUUUACAACAUCUUCAUGAUCAUCAAUAACGUGGUGGUUCCUCAGAUGCUGAACCCAACUGCAUGGAACAUGCAGGGCAAGUCGUGUUUUGUUUAUGCCGCCACGGCUUUCCUUUGUUUCCUGUACUGCUAUUUCCGUCUACCAGAGACUCAGGGUCUGUCUUACCUCGAGCUAGACAUGUUGUUUGAGAAGGGCGCACCAACAGCCAAGUUUAAGGAGUUGCAGCAGAGGUUAGCCAACUCAGCCUAUCUGACUGUGGAUCGAGCCGAGCGUAUGAGGAAUGCCUGGCAUGGUUGGCUCACGUACUCUUAA